CGACAGCUACCGGAACGAACAGGCCGAAGGAGAUGGCGGAAAUUGCGACUAUGUGGUAGGCGGGAUUUCUCUUGGAAGGGACAACUGUGAGCCCACCAUCGGCUCUGGGUAACCGUGAUUUUCUCGCCACCUGGACUCUAAGAACGUGAGUCCCUCGGGAGAUGGCGUACGCCGAUCGGUCUCCGGCGGACAAGGACAGGUUCAUCUGCAUUUAUCCUGCAUAUUUAAAUAACAAGAAGACAAUUGCAGAGGGAAGGCGGAUCCCAAUUGACAAAGCUGUUGAGAAUCCUACAGCUACAGAGAUCCAAGAUGUAUGCCUUGCAGUUGGACUUAAUGUGCACAUUGAGAAAAAUAAAAUGUACUCCAGAGAGUGGAACCGUGAUUUACAAUAUAGGGGCAGAGUACGGGUUCAGCUAAAACAGGAAGAUGGCAGCUUAUGUCUUGUACAGUUCCCGUCACGUAAGUCAGUAAUGUUGUAUGCAGCUGAAAUGAUACCCAAACUAAAAACAAGGACACAAAAAACAGGAGGUGGUGACCAAAGUCUUCAACAAGGAGAGGGAGGUAAAAAAGGAAAAGGGAAAAAGAAGAAGUGAGCCAGUAUCACCUGAUUGCUGAAUAUGUCAGUCCUACAAAA